GUAACGUGGUGGGGAGGAGAUACUGAUUUAAGGGCGGACAUAUAGUGCAGGCUGGAGUCGUUCAAUUGCUUGCUGGGCCCCGCAGAAAGGACGUGGUUAAAGGGUUCAAAGGCAAGCUGUUGGAUUUAAUAAUCAUAUCUGAGCCCCACACACCGUCACUUGGCCAACCCCAGGCAAAUACACCGGGGCUUUAAGAGCACGCACCGUAUAAGGGCGGGAGUGGGGGGGUGGAGUCAAAACCUUAGCAUAGGAAACCACGUGGUCUGUAUGCAAAAACAGCUAAAAAGCAUUUCAUUCGCGGCUAAAUUUCGAGAAUACCUGCAACACCCUCCCACCGUCUGUGGAUCCGAAAGCACGAAUAACGUUAACGUCACUCCGCCCAAUGCUGCCACUCACGUUAACUUUUUAACGGGGUACCCUACUUCGAAAGUAAAAUUCAGACCCAAAGUUUGCCAAACUACUACUGAAACCGCGGCGAAAGAGUUGUCCGGCGCCUUUGUUCGAGGGCGCAGCGGCCCGGCGGCACCAGCUCCCACGGCCCCAUUCAUUCACCGCCGCCCUGCGAUAUCCUGCCGUCGGGCGGCUGAUGUCAUUACAUUUCAUUAGAAGGAGGGGAGGAGGUGCGAGCUGCUGGCGGGACCCCGCUUCCUUCUCGGCGGGGCAAAGCAGUCAGUUCCAAGCGAGCUGCUGACGGGAGCGGAGCGGAGCGGGCCUCUCCCUCACCCCGGCUCCCGCUCCUUGCGCCGAUGUGUGCGCGCUUCCAGCCGGCAACACGGUGGCAAAAACGGCCGCCGUGCAAACCUACCGCCUUGUGCGCCGUGCGGCGGUUUCAUAAGGAUCCUCGCGAGCUGGUUGGCCCCCGGCGCGCCACGUGAGACCCAAAAGGCAGCUGAAGCCCUCAACGGACGAGGGAUACUGGGAUUGUAGCGUUUGUACGUACAGGAACAGCGCAGAGGCUUUCAAAUGCAGUAUGUGUGAUGUCAGGAAGGGCACUUCAACACGGAAGCCUCGCCCAGUGUCUCAGCUGGUUGCCCAGCAAGUAACCCAACAAUUUGCAUCGCCCACGCAACCAAAGAAAGAGAAGAAGGACAAGGGAGAGAAGGAGAAAACGGAGAAAGAAGUUGUCAGUAAAAAGAAAAGUCACAAGAAAAUAAGGCCAAGGUUAAAAAACGUGGACCGCAGCAGUGCACAGCAUUUGGAAGUGACUGUGGGCGAUCUGACCGUCAUUAUCACGGACUUUAAGGAGAAAGUGAGGUCGGCGCCAGCGGCCACCGCGACCUCCAGCUCCACGGCCGAGCAGCACAGCCUGAGCAGUUCGAGCUCUGACAACACAGAGAAGGGCCUGUCCCGGUCGUCAUCGCCCAGGGGUGACGGAUCAGUCAAUGGUGAAUCCCACUAAAGUGCCCGCUGACCUGCUUUUCACCACUCCUGCGCUCAAUGGUUCAGUGGACAGCAUCUCUACCAAUUCAGUCCUGGGCACUCAGCGUUCCAGUGGGCAAGUUGGCCUGCCUUCAGUUCAGUUUUCAGUGCUUUUUUUUAAAAUAAUUCCGCAACCAAUCUGGAACUCCUGCACUGUGGCAUGUUUUUGAGUGUAAUUUUCUAUACCUUAGAUUGGGCUGCCUAUGUGAUGUGUUUAAGGACUGAAUUGUGAAAUACUUGGCUUCUGGCAUUCAGAAGUCGAUUGACAGUCGACUGUUUCAGCAACUAAACAAUGUCUGGAAAUGGUUUGCCUGGUUGAAUGCACCUGCUUGUACUUGGUGUGAGCAAAUGGAAAAAACAUUCUCGAAAACAUUUCUAUAAAUUCUUGCCAACA